UGUCCAGGCUGUGGUGUCAUGGAUCUGUGUGUGACCAUCAAAGGGGUUUCCUUCCUCUUGCAAACAGGUAUGGGAAUCUUGGGGAAUGUUGUGGUGCUUUUGGCUUAUGCCCACAUCAUUUGCACAGAGCCCAAGCUUCUUCCUGUAGACAUGAUCUUGUGCCACCUAGCUUUUGCCAACCUGAUGCUGCUCCUGACUCGCUGCGUCCCCCAGACCAUGACUGUGUUUGGGCUGAGGGACCUUCUGAAUGAUCCCGGCUGUAAAGUGGUGAUCUACGCCUACCGCAUUGGCCGGGCUUUGUCUGUCUGCAUUACCUGUAUGCUCAGCGUUUUUCAGGCAGUAAUCAUCGCUCCUGCUGGGCCUCGCCUGUCCAGGCUGAAGCCUGCACUUCCCUCCCUGGUCCUCCCCACAUUUGCUGGGCUGUGGUUCCUCAACAUGGCCAUUUGCAUUGCAGCCCCUUUCUUCUCUAUGGCUCCACGUAAUGGCACUGUUCCCGCUUUUACGCUCAACCUCGGCUUCUGUCAUGUGGACUUCAGAGACAGCCUGUCCUAUGUUAUUAAUGGAGUGGCUGUCUCUGGGAGGGAUUUUGUAUUUGUUGCCCUGAUGGUAGGCUCUAGCGGUUAUAUCCUCCUGCUUCUCCACCGCCACAGCCAUCAGGUGAGAGGGAUCCGUCGCUCUCAGGGUGGCAAGGCAGAGACCAGGGCGGCAAAAACAGUGCUGACCCUGGUGAUUCUCUAUGUGGUCUUCUUUGGCAUUGAUAAUGUAAUCUGGAUCUACAUGCUGACGGUGCCAAAGGUGUCACCAGUGGUGGCUGAUAUGAGGGUGUUCUUCUCAUCCUGCUAUGCCUCUCUCAGCCCUUACUUUAUUAUGUCCUCCAACAAGAAGGUCAAGGGGAAGAUUGUGUGUGCAGCUGAGCAUGACCAACCAUCAGUGGACACUCAAGAGUCCAAUGACAAAUGA